GGAGGGAAGUCGCGUGAGGGCUGCUGUGUUUAAAAAGCCGCGCACGCGAGCGUUCCGGUGGGUGCGGAGCGGAGGAGAGGCGCGCGUGCCGACCGUGAACCGCACUCUUUAUAAGCCUAUAAGGAGGAUUUAUUACCGGAGAAGAGAUUUUGUAGGAUAUUUAACUUCACCGGUUUCACCGGAACCGGAGUGUGGAUGUUUCACCGGUAUCACAGACAACUGAGUCAGAGAGACCGGGAGCACUCAGUCGGUCAAUGGGAAGUUGUUUUCUUUCACCGGCUUCGGUUUGGACACUGAAACACUUUCUGCACAUCACGUGUUUUGUCGUUCAAGGCCGUCCCGCUCUUCCUGAGAUGAUGUACAAGAGCUGGGGCUCAGAGCGUCGCUCGUCUUUUCUCAUGGACACAGCAGCAGGGUCGCAUCACCUCCUCUUCCUCCUUCUCCUCCUCUUCCUCUCUGGCCUGUGUGUGUGAGCCAGAGCGCUGCCGUCAUGGCUCACACACACCACAGCUACACUCUCCUCAGCACGGUGGCUGAGGAGCAUCGCAACAGGAUGCAGCAGGACUCCAGCGCGAGUGUGUUUUCUCUCCUGGACGUCCAUAGAGAAACGCUCGGUCCGGUCUCCUGCCUCAGACGCCCCAGAAUCUACAGCUUCGUCUUCGGCCUGGCCAUCCUCUUCCUCAUCAUGGCCUCGUACGUGCUGAGCAACGAGAGGAAAGCAUUCCUCAUCCCCUCGUCUCCGUAUCACUCGGUUAAACACGGAACGCUGCUCUAUAACUUCUCCUCCGAUAAAGACUCCGCCCACAUCACUCAAGUGCUGCACCGGAUCCUGUCCAAUCUGGAGUUCCGUCCCAGGAAGUUGCCGGAUCUGGGAAUGCUGGUCCGUAGCGAGACGCAUAUGUUCUCUGUGAUUCCCCGCCACUUCCUGCCAGAUGUGAAGAACCCGUGCUGGUACGAACAGCUGGCAGGGAACGGGAGCGUGAAUCCGUACCAGCGGAACCUGUACGCUCUGUACUCGCGCCAGUCCCGCGUCGCCUUCCACAUCCUGAAGAAUAGCUUCUGGAAACAUCUGUCCCGGCGGGAGGGGAAGCUGUACAGGAUCCGCUGCCUGCCCUACUUCUACAUCAUCGGUCAGCCCAAGUGCGGCACCACUGACCUGUACGAGCGGCUCCGCCUCCACCCGGGCGUCCGGGUCAGCGCGCUGAAGGAACCGCACUGGUGGACGCGCAAGAGAUUCGGUAUCAUCCGCCCCAGUGAUGGACUCCACGCUCGCUAUCCUGUGGAGGAUUAUCUGGAUCUGUUUGAUCUUCCUGCGCAUCACAUUCAGUAUCAGAUGUUAGCCAACAGGACCGCGGGAUCUCACCGCGCGGAUCUCAUCAUCGGUGAGGCCAGCGCAUCCACCAUGUGGGACAACAACGCAUGGUCCUAUCUCUAUGGCAACACCUCAGAGGCGGAGCCUCCCUUCCUCAUCCAGGAUUUUAUUCACGCCCUUCAGCCUGAGGCGCGCUUCAUCGCCAUCCUGAGGGACCCUGUCGAAAGGUUAUAUUCAGACUAUCUGUACUUUGGCAUGGCCAAUAAAUCUGUGGAGGAUUUCCAGGAGAAAGUUUGGGAGUCGCUGCAGCUGUUUGACGCGUGUCUACAGGAAUUCAGCCUCAGAGCGUGUGUUUACAACAGCACACUCAACAACGCCAUGCCUGUGCGUCUGCAUGUAGGUGUGUAUGUAGUGUAUGUGCUGGACUGGUUGUCAGUGUUUAGUCGUGACCAGCUGUUGGUGCUGAGGCUGGAGGAUCACGCAGCAGACAAGAGAGCGUCCAUGAACAGAGUCUUCCGCUUCCUCCAGCUGGGUUUUCUCUCUGAGCAAAAGGAGGUGGAGAUUACGGAGCGUCCAGCAUCUAACACUCGCAGGUUGGCCGAUAAAAACCUGGGCCCCAUGCUGCCCCUCACACGCCACGUCCUCUCCCACUUCUACUCUCCCUUCAAUAGGAAACUGGCCACAGUGCUGCAGGACAAUGCCUUCCUGUGGGAACACCACCCCACACACACCUAACACAGACACACACACACACACACACACACACUCCAGUUGUGCACUUUCACUGCGUCCUGAGAGACUGUGACCCUGCUGGGAAACUCAACAUGUAAAUAAAAUUAUUUUCUUAAAUUAUGAGCCGGAUUUCAGUCGAACCUCGAGCACAUGGGCUUCUUAGCAACUUUUUCAAAAAAUUUUAUAUCGUUUUCACAAACAGAAAAUAAAAUACACUAAAAACGUUCUAAGAAUAAGAAAAUCAGACUUUUUUUUUUACGACUAUUUAAUCCCUGUUACAUCACAGUGCUGCUUAAUCCUGUAUCCUGAUUGGUCAGAAGGUGUUGAUUAGUUUUCUGAUUAUCGUUUCCAUGGUAACAGUUCAUUCACACAUUAGAAAAGAACAAAAUAAAGUGUAGAAAAGUGAAGAGAUCUCACUGUAUGAUGAUGAUCUCAGUCACACACACAACGCCUGCUCCCUCACUGGUUUAUGCUGCAAU